UGUUCAUUUAGCGUAACUUUGCCAGCAGUCAUGGACAGAACUCUCGUCGUUGCGUUAUUUUUUUGUGUUUUGGCUGUUUGCCUUGCAACAAAUGAUCAAAACUCGGACAAAAAUUCUGGUGAGCCAGGCGCUAAACUGACGAUGAAAAAGAGAGGUAAAGAGGACGAAGAUGAUGCGAAAGUUGAGGUGGUUCAAGAUGAGAAAGAUGAGUCAGCAAAGGAGAGGAAAGCUUCGGAUGGAUUGGCAACGGAGAAGAAGGAUAGUGCCGGUGAGAAAGUCCAUGGAGGGACAAAGAAGAGUGAAGGACACGAUGAGACGAAGGACGAUGACGAAGACCACGAUGAUGAAGAACAUGAUGACGAAGACGACGAAGAAGAAGAUGAGGAGCAUGAAGAAGAGGAAGAGGAAGAGGUGGAUCCAAACGCCAAAAUCGAAAUUCAUGAUCUCUUCACUCCAGAGGACUGCAAAAACAAAUCCAAAUCUGGCGAUCUUGUGGUGAUUCACUACUCCGGCUGGCUGGAUGAUGGCAAGUUGUUUGACACAACAGUCGAGCCAAGCAAGGCGUACAUGCCAUUUGAGUUCAUGCUAGGAACAGGAACGGUAAUCAAGGGCUUCGAACAAGGAGUGUUAAACAUGUGCAAAGGACAGAAGCGUAAAAUUGUCAUUCCACCCUCGCUUGGUUAUGGAAAGAAGGGAGCAGGAGCGAUUCCAGGAAACACUACGCUCACAUACGAGCUAGAAAUGUUUGAUAUCCGACAACCUCCUCCCCAAGCAGACAUGUUCUCACACAUUGACACCAACGGUGACAAGAAGCUGUCCAAGAAAGAGGUGUCCGCGUACAUGAAGGCACAAGCUGCUGCACAUGGCAUGCCGGUACAUGACAAGAAAUGGAAGAAACACCACAAGACUGUUGUAGCCAACAUUUUCGAUCACGAGGACUCUGACGAAGACGGCUCCAUCUCUCAUGACGAGUUCAGUGGGCCUAAAAUGAUGUACCACGAUGAGUUUUAGAGGGGUUCUCUCGGGUUCGCGAUUUAGCGUGACACCCUGUGUGACAGUCCACGUGACACAAAAUCACGCAAUUGAUUUUAUUCGAAAAAGAUAGGAAAUCAUUUCAAUUCAAAUUUUACGACCUAUUGUGGUCGCCAGGAAUUUAAUCAAAAUAUCGUGUUUCUUUACUUUUUUUUAAAUUUUGCUGUUAUGGCAACUAAAUAACUCAAUUUUUAGACGAGAUCUUUUGAAAAGCUCGUUAUACUACAUUUAUAGUUCCGUAAGAGGAAUUUUCGAAAAAUGCAUACCUUAGGAGGUAGAUCACGAAGAAGGCUUCAAACGAAUUCAGAUAUUUUGAGGUAAGGUAUGCAAAUUAAAAGCGAAACAUUGUUUGUACAAUAAAGCAAACGUUUUAUCCAAGUA